AUGGUGGGCGAAGAAAGCCGUAGCGUCCUCAACAACAGCAGUGUGGCUCUGACACUGGUGCGCUCCGCCUCCUCAUCUUUGGUAGCAGGCACUUCGGAUGAUACAGAUGACGCCAAUGCGGCAGGCACGGCUAACGUAAGUCUCUCACCUUUGCGGGACACAGAAACAGAUGGCUUGUCGUCACGGAAGCUGUGUAAUGUGCAGCCUCGCCCUCGCUACCCAAAGCAGGUUCGAGACGCCUCAACCAAUUCCAUCUAUCAGCUCUACCAGCGGAGAUCUUCGGCGUUAGUCUACGGCUCGUCGACGUACAUUUCUUUGAAUCCCUCCGUUGAUAUGCUGCCACAUCGCUUCGAACCUCUCGUUGCCUUGGACCCGGCCGAUGAUAAAACAUGUCACUCUUCUCCUCUGCACGACGUGUUGCGUCGUGAUGUAGCAGCCGACGGAUAUGCGAGCAGUGUCACAUCUUGUACGGCAGGCGGCGCAGAGGCUGGGGUGGAGGUGGUGGUGAACGGCGAUGUAAGACUGGAGGUGCAAGGCGCUGUGCCUGCCGUUGGCCACGAGGAAGCGCCCCUUAAUGAGGAAGGGCCAAGGAGGGGCGUCAAACAGCAGAGAUCCGAACCCUAUUCAUCGGAGGAAUGUGAAUCAGGUGCCAAUAGAUCGGCGCCUUAUGGCACUGUACUGUAG